CACAUUGUUUGACAGACCUUUUUGUAUCAUUUGUUCAUAGCACAGUUGUUUUGACCUAUUUGAACCCAAACUAAUACUUUAAACAGCACUUAAUACAGCGCUGUAUUAUGCUGCUGGACAUUACGUUUAAUGUACUGUUAAUUACUAUUUUAUAUUGAUUAAUUCAUUCAUUUAUGUGGGUAACACUUCAAAAUAAUCGUCUGUAAUCCAUGGUGAAUUACGUAUGGAAUAAUUUAUCAGCAUGAUAAAUUCCGUGUCUGCAAUUCAUCAUGAACGAUCUGCACAGGUUGCAGCAGCCCUGGAAGAACGCGCAUCUGUGCAGAACUGUGCAGAUCUUGUCGGGUAUUAUUGGCUGCAGACUAAACCGGGCUUGAUAGGCUAGUCUCCCUGUCGAAGCAAGGGCGGGAUCGCGUUGAGAAAGAGGGCGUUAUGAAAGUGGAUACUGAAGUAGCCAUGUCGGCUCUGACUCAGUUGUGUUUUGCUGUGCAAUAAUGUCCUGUCGUGGAUCUCAAAUGGCGCCAGUUUCGUCUCUGUGCUUUGUACUGCGCAUGCUCAAUGAGCUUUGUGUGUCAAAGCUGCUCCUCGUGCGUUGUAGUUUGUUUGAUUUAUUAACAGAUUGGAGUGUUUUUUUUCUUAAUUUAUUAAUCUAUAUUAAUGUUUUUAGUUAAAGUGACGGUUUAGAUGUGAAAAGGAAGUCUUGGGAUCGAUUAAAGAAAGAAACAACGACAGCUAACGCCGACUGCAGAGAGAGAGAGAGAGAGUGAGAACGGAUCAGCCUCACUCAAAGAAAGUUUCUGAGAUGGAAGCAGCUCACAUCAGCCCAGAGCUUCCUAUUCGAUGGGUUGUUUCUGCAGACAGGACUGUUGAGAUCAAGGAGGAAGUGACUGAGCUGGGGUGUGACCAGGCCAAUGAGCGGAUCCUGCAGGAGGAAACGCCACCUUCUAGCAUCACUGAGAGAGCUACAGAUAUGAAGCUUCCUGAAGUGGAACCUGUCCCCAUUAAAGAAGAGACUCCAGAAGAUCUAGAGCCUGUCCACAUUAAGAAAGAAGUCACAGCUCUGGAACCUGUCCACAUGAACGAGGAUAGUCCUGUACUACAAUCAGUUUAUAUUCAAAUGGUUGUUCUCAAUCCUAUAACCUUAUUCAAUGUGCAGGGUUCACAAUUACAAAGUCUUGCAGUACACCAGCCACAUCACACAGGAGCUAAACCACACCACUGUAAUAAAUGUGGAAAGAGCUUCACUCAUUUGAGAAACUUUAAAAGACACCAGCGAGUUCACACAGGCGAGAAACCUCACCAGUGUAAUAAAUGUGGGAAGAGGUUCCCUGAUGUAGGAAGUCUUAAAAGACACCAGCGAGUUCACACAGGAGAGAAACCAUACCAGUGUGAUGAGUGUGGAAAGUGCUUUACUCAAUCAGGAAAAGUUAAAAAACACCAGCGAGUUCACUCAGGAGAGAAACCACACCAGUGCAAUGCAUGUGGAAAGUGCUUUACAGAAUUAGGACGCCUUAAAACACACCAGCGAGUUCACACAGGAGAGAAACCACACCAGUGUAGUGAAUGUGGGAAACGCUUCGCUGUAUUAGCAGGCCUUAAAACACAUCAGCGCAUUCACACAGGAGAGAAACCACAUCAGUGUAAUGAAUGUGGAAAAAGCUUCAUUCAAUCAGGAAAACUUAAAAGACACCAGCGAGUUCACACAGGAGAGAAGCCACACCACUGUAAUGAUUGUGGGAGAAGUUUCACACGAUUAGGAAGUCUUAAAACACACCAAUUAAUCCACACAGGACAGAAAACACAUCACUGUAAUACAUGUGACAAGAGGGUCUCUCGAUCAGAAUAUCUUAAAGCACACCAGCACAUUCACACUGGAGAGAAACCACACCACUGUAGCGAUUGUGGGAAGCGCUUCACUCUAUUAGGAAAUCUUAAAAAACACCAACUAAAUCACACAGAUGAGAAACCACACCGCUGUGAUACAUGUGAGAAGAGCUUCUCUCGAUCGGAAUAUCUUAAAGCACACCAGCGACUUCACACAGGAGAGAAACCACACCACUGUAAUGAUUGUGGGAAGAGCUUUACUCAAUUAGGAAAUCUUACAAAACACCAACGAAUACACACAGGAGAGAAACCACACCACUGUAAUUAUUGUGGGAAGUGCUUCACUCAAUCAGGAAAUCUUAAAAAACACCAACGGAUACACACAGGAGAGAAACCACACCACUGUAAUGAAUGUGGAAGAAGUUUCACUCGAAUAGACAACCUUAAAAUGCACCAACGAAUUCACACAGGAGAGAAACCACACCACUGCAAUGACUGUGGGAAGAGCUUCACUGAAUUAGGAAAUCUUAAAAUACACCAACGGAUACACACAGGAGAGAAAUCUCACCACUGUAAUGAAUGUGGGAGAAGUUUCACUCGAAGAGACAACCUUAAAAUGCACCAACGAAUUCACACAGGAGAGAAACCACACCACUGCAAUGACUGUGGGAAGAGCUUCACUGAAUUAGGACAUCUUAAAAGACACCAAUUAAUUCACGCAGCAGCGAAACCCUGAAUGUUGGGAAUUAUUUCAUCUGGUGGGACACAUAAGAACAUAAGAAAGUUUCCAAACGAGAGGAGGCCAUUCAGCCCAUCUUGCUCGUUUGGUUGUUAGUAGCUUAUUGAUCCCAGAAUCUCAUCAAGCAGCUUCUUGAAGGAUCCCAGGGUGUCGGCUUCAACAUUCCGGCGCCUCCUCAAGACUCACCUCUUCAAACAGCACCUGUAGAACUCCUCUGUUUGUAUCCUGGGACACUAUCACCCUUCAUUUAAAUGUGCUUCAUUUUGCUCUUAUCUGCCCCCUAUUUUACUGCAUAUAACCCUGUACUUCAGAAUACUGAAAUCUGCCAAAUGUUUAACAUAGUAUUUUGUACUUAAUCAUUUCCUGAUGUAACUAUCACUAUUUAAUCAUAUCCUGAUGUAACUUUCACUAUUAUCUGCUGUAUUAUUGAAUUGUGGUUUGUCACACUUGAACAAAAAUUAUUGUAUUUCUUGCUCUUAUUGUAUUACUUGUAACACUUGAAAUGUAUUUUCUUGCGAUUGUAAGUCGCCCUGGAUAAGGGUGUCUGCUAAGAAAUAAAUAAUAAUAAUAAUAACAACAUUACAAAACCAGGAAAUUCUCACAAGACAAAAACCCUGUUACUCAAGAGAUUAAUGUCAUUAAAAAACUAUUCAUAAAACUUGUGGAGUUUAAAAUCUUUUUCUUAACAAACAAGCUUCAUAAAAUUAGUAAUAAUAAUAAAAAUCCUUCACAGACUCCUCAGACAUGUUUACUGCACAGGCUGCUUUUACACUUUGAAACAGACAAGAGGAUACCAUUCCGGUCAGAGACAUCAGAGCUUCAAACGAAACAGACACUUUGAACACAUUCCAAAGAGGGAGACACUAUUUCACCCCCUCGCUGGUAAGAGAGAGACGUGCCCGGAUGUUUAUCUCGUGGAAGAUGUUGCUUUCCGAUAUCCCACUGACUGAGACUGCAAACAUGAAUUACUACAGUAACUAUUGACUGCGACUUGGCUUCUUCAUGUCUAAACCCCUGGAGCAAGGUGUAAACGCUGGGCUUCUCUUUGCAUCCCUCCAGGCUGGACCGCGGAGCAACGCCCAUCGCAGGAUUGGUAUUCUUCUUACUCCUUCAUAAGACUGCUUUAGUUCUUCAAAAGAGACUGAAACAUCCCUCUAAAUCAAUUACACAAUUUAUCGAGUCUGCAGUGCAUCACGUAGAAUUAUAAUGCUGUUUAAAUGCUUGUAAGGAUGUGUUUUCACUUCUACCCUGAUCGUUUGCUGUUGAACCUUGUUAGUAUGUUUUAUUAAAGAUGGUUUUAAAAUAAGUAAAUACUAAAUAUAGUUAGGGCUUCUGAUUUUCGGUUUUAACCGAUAAAACCCGAUUAAAACACUCCUGAUACAAAAAAAUAGCCAAUAAACACUGAAAUGUUUAAUCAAUUCACGUUGACUUUACCCUUUUCACACUAUAAAAUAAUAAUAAAUACAUUUCUCAGUGCUGCUGGGCAAUGUCCCGCCUUCCUGACUUGCAUCCAUCAUUGAUUCGUUCUGAAUACUUUAAACCCGCCCCAACUACUGAGUGACAGCACGUUCCUACAUUUCUAUUGGAGACUCCGCUUGAGAGAUUUAAAACAAGAUUAAAAUCAGGGUGCAGGCUUAGCGGGAUUUCAAGCUGUAUUACAGUUAAGAUACGAAGGAUUUAAAACAGAAUUGUGGUGAAUUGUACAAAGAUGCCUCCACACAAAAACCCCAGAAGAAUGUGCCGUGACCAGAGGGAUUUCACUGUGGAAGACAGCAAAGGAAAGAAGGAACUUAAGUGUGCAAGUACUGUCCAGUUAGUAUACAUAUUUUGACACACACACACACACAAACGCUCAAGCAUUUUGGAAAGUAACCGAAAACACUAAUUUCAUAGAGUACAUCAAAAACGAAAGCCCCGAAAAAAACAAUCUACAUAAAACUCAAAAAUAGCUAAAAAUAAGCACUGAAAAAUACAAUUUAUAAAACCCGAAAAACAGAAGCUCUAAAUAUAGCACAGGUGUAGUAUGUGUAGGUGGUGCUUGAUGUAGGUGUUUCUGAAGUAUUGCUCAUAUCUAGUAGUUUUUUUUUCUUCAAAGCAUUUGGCUUCUGAAUAAACUUUAUUUUCUCAAGUAGUCCUAUUCUUUGACUUGGUUUGUUAAACAUCACUAUCAAGCAUUUAGUGGAACCCAAGACAUUGUUAAACUGAGCCAUUCUAAUAUAACAAUAUCUCACAUGUUUGAAGUAAAAAUACACAUUCACACCCGAGUAAGAACCUCGGAUCCUGCUGAAAUAAGAAACUGUAUUUUAACUUGGAAUAUGUGUGUUUGUGGUGGACCAAUUAAACCUGAGACAUAAUUAAUACAUUUCCAUCACAUUAACUUAUUAAAACCAAGUGAACACGUGUGAAUGCAGCAUUUUAAAAUGUAGAUAUUGUUAAAACAUUUUCAUUUGCUUCAGUAAUUUGUUAUAUUGCUAACUUGUAAGAUCUAUGUAUCCCAAGUUAUUAUGCAUACUGUAUUUAAAACAUUUAAUUAAUGCUAUGAUAGGUUGAACAUUUUCUGACUUAAUACGUGCGAAUAAUGCAUGACUGCAAAGUGAGUUACCUUUUGUUUUGAUGA